ACUUGUCUAGCGGCCCGGCGAGGGGGCAGCCGCAGCGGCCGACACACCGACGCUGUCAGCCGCCAUGACGAGGCGGUGGCAGCCCGGCGGCACCGGCCCAGUGGCUCUGCUGCUGCUCGUGGCGCUCUUCUGGACAGAGGCUGAGGGCGCCUGUCUGCAGGACGACAUCACAGCUGACGGCUUCAGAUCCCUGCUCGCCUCCGGAGGCAACUAUGACCCGAUCAAAAUCACACUGACGCGCUGUAAGACGAUCUGCUCGGACACUGGCAACGGCGAGGCGGCGGUGGAGGACGGCAUGGCCUGCCUGUGCGGCACCGGAACCCAGCUCACGGGGCUCACCACGGCGACCUCGUGUCCCACCACCUGCACGGAGGACGGCGCGGAGUGCGGCGGUCCCGACGGCCUGGUGACGGGCGAGGCCGCCCCGCUCCGGUCCGGCCCGGUCGAGCUGACCCCGGUGACCUCACCGGUCACGGCGGGCGGCACGGCGGUCACCGCCGCCGGCACCACGCCCGCCGAGGUGGUCGACUUUGUCGUUAACCCCGGCGACGGAUCGCCACCGUUCCUGCUUGCUGGUACGGCAAAUGCCGUCCGCGGCACGGACUUCUCGGCCUCCCUGGACUACGUGAGCCCCGGCACGUUCACAAUCUCCGUGUCCAGUCCGUGGGCCGGCAACAGCUCCCAGGUGGUGGUGGAGAGCGCGCCGCUGCUGCUGGAACUCAACUGUCCGCCGCUGGUGGAGCCCAACCAGCCCUACUUCUGCUCGGCGACCGUCGGCGGCUCCGGCCUCCAGCUGACGGCCACAUUCAGCGAUGACAGCAUCGCCAUGACGGUGUCGCCACCGGAGGCGCCGUGGCUGAGUGUGGGCCACCCGCCGCCGAGGGGCAGGGCUCAGAGCCCCGUGCAGACCUCGGGCGGGGAGCUGGAGUUCACCCUGCGAUGGCCGUUCUCCCAGCGGACGCAGCUGAUGGCCCUGCACUGGCACGGAGCCGGAGCAGGCGACUGUCAGCUCACGCUGAUGGAGGGCUCGUGCAGCGAUGCCAGCCACGUGUUCUGUCCCAGCUCGGGCUUUUGUUCACCAUUUUGUCCGCUGGUGACGGGAACCAGUAACUACUCGUGCGACGCCAGUGAGCCGACCUUCUGCCCACUCUCCGGUCAGUGUUCCAUGUCGGACGGCACGUGUGCUGCACGUGCAGCUCCGAGCCUGGUCGCCUCGUCAGUGGCACCGACUACGUUCACAACCGCCGCUGAUGCCUAUGGAAAGCUCGACCUGUCCUCGGCGGGCACCUGGGCAGAGCCUGGCUGGUUUGCUAAGGUGACCUGCUCAACUGGCUCCGUGUCCUGGAUGGCGACGUCAGCCGGUACCGGAGACCUCGGCGCAACGUCCACCGACAAACGGUACAUGGUCGAGCUGGUGGGCAUCCCUCAGACACCAAUGGGCAUCGGGCACACCUGCGCAGCGAUGAGCGACAUCACUCUGACCGUCACCGACGGCAGCACCACGACUCUGACCAACACCACCGCCUGCCAGAUCCCCGUCGGCACCAUCACCGUUCAGGUAGAGCAGAACAGUGCCUCAGUGACGCCAGAAGCCAGCCCGGCACCGGGCGCCAACUUCAGCGGCGCCUUCGUCAUCCAGUCCAACGUGGAUGUCACCUUCAGUGUCACCAUCUCGCAGGGCGCGCCGGUCCAGCUCAACUACACCUUUGACACGGCGUCCGGGGUGGCGAACUUCCAGGAGAGCAUUCAGCAGUCGGUCACCACGGCGGACGUGUUCACGCACACGGUGCAAUUCGCCACGUCGGGGACAUUCACACUGAAAGUGACCGGGACGAACCUCCACAGCGUGCCGCUGCAGCCGGCGCACAGCGACCUGACGGUGAUCGUGCAGCACCCGGUGGUGGCCGAGUGGUUGCCGCAGCUGGGAGCCGACAGCCAGUUCCUGGCCGUCGUCACGGGCACCAAGAUACCGGCCGCUGUGGUGCUUGAAAUGCGCCUGCCCAGCACCGCCCAGCUGCCCACGGACGCCCACAUGGACAUAGACUUCGGAGACGGGUUCCCGAUAACCGGUCUUCAGCUCUCUGACGCUUCCAUCAAUCUGGCGGACAACACUCCGACUUCAGCAGCCGUCAACGGGUUCUUCGUGGCACCGGUUAACCAUGGCUUCGACAGUAGAGGCGUGUAUUCGGUCCAAAUCACCAUGAGAAACAAAAUCAGUGAGCAGGUUGAUACUAUUGAAGUCGUGAUAGAGAACAAAAUCAUUGGCCUCGAGGGUUUGAUUCUACAGAACCUGGACGACAGACGUGCCGAAGAACUACUGACGGGCAUGGGCGUGGAUGAGAACCAGUACCGGAAUGACCGCAACCUCACAUUUGGUUUCAACCUUCUGCAGGGAACCAUGACAAAAGUAACGCUGUUCAACGACUCCGACGGUGGCCAUAUAGAGAUGGCCUCAUACACCUUCAAAGACAAGGACAACCCCACCGCCGAGCAAUUCGUCUAUCACAUCAACACUAACCAAGAAAUCCCUCUGUCAUUUGUCGGCGAGAAUACUUACGAAACGACAGAUCCUGUCACAGUCAGAGUGAUUAUUCAGGACCCAAUUACCGAGAUCAGCGCACUGAAAAUCGCAAUGUCUGAACAACAGUCAGAAGACAACUUCAAGCUAAAGAAUUUCACGGCAAGCUGGACAUCGGCAAGUACAAUGCAAAUGUGUCUUGCGAUUCAUUUUGGCGACAAUUCUCCACUGGCAACAUUUGGAGACGAGAUCAUGUGCGCUGAAAAAUAUCCAUCAGCGGUAAACAUGCCCACAGCUCUGAGGAAUCCGAUGCCACUUGAAUUUCUCUACUGGAACAAAGGUAUUUACAACGUGACAAUUAAUGUGUUCAAUCCAAAAGACGAUGAGACCUAUGAGCUCUUAGUGAGCGUUUCCGAUGUUGCUUGUUCCAAUCCAACCGUUUCCAUCGUGGGAGCAUCAGAGGAGCGGGAAGAUCCACCUACUUAUCUCAAGUCGCAAGAAAUAGUGAUCGAGGCAAAGGCAGUGUUGAAUUGUGAUGCCUCUAUGACGACUAAGAAGCGUUGGGAAGUUAUACACAUCAAAACAGAAGAAUCAGAAUCUGCACACAUUAUGCACCAGCUUCCGCACUGGGACAAAGCUGACUUGGUCAUACCGAGGAAUUUCUUGAAGCCUGGUCUGUAUUUGCUUCAGUACACGAUGACAAUGCAAGACGAGGGUCUCACAGACGGCGAUAUAUUCCAGACCCAGUCCAAGGCAUAUCUAAAAGUCGAGCGCACUCCGCUUUACGCUGGUAUAAUCAAAGGUGCGGUGUCUAAAAUAGUGCGCGGGUGGAGCCAAACAAUUGUUCUCGACGCACUUAUGUACUCGGUUGACCCAGAUGAUGUGCUAUCAAAGGAUUUCACCUUCAAAUGGUACUGUCGGAGAACAGGUGAGGAAAGGGAAGGCGCACUGGGGGCCACAACGCCCCCUCAGUCUCUGGUUGCCAGACAGGCGGCGGCUGCAGUGCCCAGCCCGGAUCUGGGCGGCUGCUUCGGUGAGGGCCCUGGCCAGUUGGACUUUGACGGUGGAGUUCUAGAUUUGAAAACUGAGAUCUUGCAGCCGUAUCGCCAGCAGGUCACUUUCGUCAUCACGGCUGUCGUCAGCAAGGACGUCAGAAGCAGUAUGGCAGAGGUGCAAGUAGAAAUGCUCCGAGGCGAUCCACCAUUGAUCGAAGUGCAGUGUGCUGAUGAGCUUCUUUGCUCACCAUCCUUGGGAGGUGUGACCGUCAACCCUCAACAUAAUCUUGGACUGCGUGGCGGUUGUACCGAUGGCGAAUGCCCUAUGCCUCUAUCCUGGUCCUGGUCGCUUUCCACAGAAAGUGCCGAUGGCACGGUGACGGCAGUACCGAAUGCUGAGCAGUACCUUCCCACGCCAGACGCGGAAGAGGUCCGCAUCAGCAAGACCCUGUUUUCAGAUUUCUCCGGAAUAACAAAGUUCCAAAUCGGUCUGCAGGCGUCAGAUGGCGUAGUCGGCAACGACCCGGGCCAGGUGACUUACUUUGUGACUGUGAACCUGCCACCGGUGGUAGAUGGAAAGGAAUGCACAUGCGAACCUGUUGGAAGCAGUAGCUUUGCAGUUAUCGACACAUUUGCGAUCAAGUGUCAGACGCCCCUGGACCCGGAAGGUUUUCCUGUUGAGAAGUUUCAGUUCUUCACAACAGUCGAUGGAGAGGCACAUGUGCUGGCUGCCACAAAGACGCCAAAACUCAACACUAGCCUGCUUCUGGGAACGAACCAGCUACAUUACGUUACCGAAGACCAGCACGGCGCCAGCGGUUGCUUCGCUGGAUAA